AUGGAUGAAAUACCGAUUAUGCCUCCAGAUAAAGCAAGGAAACGAGUGAUACCAAAAUGCUCAAUAAAACGAGAGAAAUUAAAGGAAAAACGAUACUCAGUUACAGGUCUGCCAGUAAAGCCAAGAUGUAAUCAUAAAAAACAGAAGCAAGAAUAUGUCAGUACAAUACUUCGUACGAAAGCAAAGUCCAGGGAAAACGUGCAAGUGUACCGACAAGCCUUUCGUGAUAUUCUUCGGAUAAAACCAAAUCGUCUUAAAGGGGUGUUGACAAGAUACUGGAAGUCUGGCUGUGUAGCCGAAGAAAAACGAGGCGGAAAUCGCAAAGAAUUUGAUUUAGGUCAAGAAAAGACUGUCAUAAAAUUCAUUCAAUCUUUUAAGCCCCUCGACCAACAUUAUACUCGGGUCACUGGUCAUUCAUUUGUGGCAGCUGACCGUACUUUUGCACUAACAGAUACUCAAAUACGUAAACUGGAAACAAUAGUGGAUCCAAACGAAUAUGAGGUUAUAAUAGCUGCACACGCAACUGUUCAUAAAUUAGGUACAGAAGUACCAGUUUAUGAUUAUCGUUCUGCAGUGGAACAAGCCAAACAAGUUCAGCUAGGAAUUGCAGUCAACGAGUUGAAACUAAAAGACGUGAAAAAUUUACUUACAAAACAUUAUGGCUCUGACUGGACUAACAUGGAGGAGUUAAUAUUUUACAAAAAGGUCCGAGCUAGGGAUCAUAGGUACCUCGAAAUCCGAGACAGUGAUGAGUGUUGUGAACAUGAAAUCGAAGAAAAAUUAGAUUUUGUUUGA